UUUGUUGGUGAAAUAAAUAAAUACACCAAUACAACAUUAGAAAAAUUUUAUGAUGAGUUUGUUAUAUCAUUUCUAUUAUUAUCAACUGGUCUAGUACCUCACCUUUAAUGAGUAUAGAAUGUUUAGAUGAUGAUAAUCUGAUGAACUUUGAUAUUCACGGAGAUCUGUUUUUAAAUAUUGCUGCAUUGGGAAAAUUUGUUUAUUCAAUUAAGAUAACAGCCAAUUCAUGGACUUCAGUUGUAAUUUCUCAUUAUUAUAUAAAUGAUAAAAAUACUUAUGCUAUAUCUGUAAAUGUCAAUGGAACUGUUCAGUUUUUUAAUGUAAGUACUCAGUCAGCUGUUUUUACCAAUGUCUCUCUGUUUGUAUUUCCUUAUGGUUCUUCUCGGUUUGGAUCAAUUAAAAAUUUUUCAAUUUACAGUAAAACACAAGUUACACUGUCACAAUGGAAUAAGGAUUCACAUUUCAAUGCAUCCUUAAACUCAAGUUCUUACAGAAUCAAGUAUUGUGUAAAUUGCACUGGCAACAGUACUGAGCUAGAAUCAUGCACUCGUUUAUAUUUUGAUUCUUUUGUAAUGGAAAAAGAAAUUCAGCUUGUUAAAGGAAACUUGGCUACAACAUUAGAAACUCUAAGCAAAGAAUACUCAAUGUCUUUUGAAAUAAAACCUUCUGUUUUUGAAACUUUUUGGACAAGUGUUAUUCAUUUGACCACUGGAAAAAAUGUUGGAUCUUAUGGUGAUCGUACCCCAGCAGUAUUCUUGUGUGAAAAUGCUACUUGUCCCAUACUUGGAUGUUUUAAAAUAGGUUUUGUUUUUAGUGGCAAUAUGGAUUAUUAUAUAUUUACUACAGAUCCAAUUAAACUUGAUGUUUGGUCUUCUUUAAAGGUCGUGCAAAAAUAUAUGCAUGGAAAAUACAUGUACUUAGUUCAACUAAAUUGUAAAAAUAUUUUUUACGAUGAAAAUACUGAUGCAAAAGAACUUUCUAAUGUUCAAGUAUACAUUUCAGAUCCCUGGCAUGAAGUGCAACCUGGAUUGAUAAGGAAUCUUAAAAUAACCAAUAGAAUGCCAGUUCUAUGGGCACAAUGGAAUGAUUGGUCAAGUUGCAAUGUUUCAUAUGGAAAUGGUUUCAGGAAAAGAACACGAAACUGUAAUCUAUCAAAUAAUAUAUGUUGUGAUGAUAGCUAUGAAUUAAAAGAAUGCUUCACAUCAUUUUAUUUGCAGAAUGAAACUCAAUUAGUUAAAAACAACCUUGUUACAACAUUAAGCACACUUUUCAAAGAAUACACUGUGUCCUUUGAAGUAAAACUAACAGCUAUUAAGGGCAGUACACUUAGUGUCUUUCAUUUGACAACCAGUUAUGAUUAUGGUAUAUAUGGGUAUCGCACACCAGCAAUGUGGGUUCAAGAUCCUGGGGUAUUUUAUAUUUGUUCAGCUGUAAACAGCAAUUUUGAUUUUUGCCAGGUUACAAAAGUUAUUGUACCUAAUAAUUGGAAUUCAAUUAAAAUAUCGCAAGAACUUUUUGAAGGGAAGUACAUAUACUCAAUUGAACAUAAUUGCAUAACUGUAUUUACUCAGGAAAAUACUGAUCCACAAGAAUUUUCAAAUGUUCAAGUAUAUGUUUCAGAUCCUUGGUAUGAAGUACAGCCUGGGCUAAUUAGAAAUUUUAAAAUUACAAAUGGAAAACCAGGUCAAGCAGCUGUUUGGUCACAGUGGAAUGAUUGGUCAAGUUGUAAUGAUACUUAUGGUUAUAUGAACAGGACAAGAAAGUGUAACACCCAAAAUCUUUCUGAUUGGUGCUGUGGCAACAACUUUGACACAACGGAAUGCUAUGUGUUAUGGACGCAAUGGAAAACAUGGUCAAGUUCUAAUGGUUCUUAUGAAUUGAUUAACAGAACAAGAGAAUGCAAUGUUUCAAAUGAUCUAGAUUGGUGUUAUGGUAAUAAUGCUGUUAUUGUAGAAAAUUCAGCCUUUUGGGCACAAUGGAAUGAUUGGUCAAACUGUAAUAACACUUAUGGAUUUAGAAACAGAAUAAGAACCUGUAUUGUUUUGAAUGUUAUGGAGCAGUGUUACACCUCUAAAUCUAAGUCAUUGGAGUUCUCUGAAGUCUAUUUAAUGGAAGAUAAAAUUGAGCUUUCAAAAGGAAAUAUUGUUGCAACAAUAAAAAAACUUAAAAAGGAGUUUUCAGUUUUUUUUGAAAUAAAACCAACUAUUUUUUCAUAUGAUUUCCACAAUGUCAUUCAUAUUACUACUGGAGAUAUCCAAUCAAGUUAUGGAUAUCGAAAUCCAGCAGUAUGGUUUGAUAAUAGUGGAACAGGAAAGUUAUGGAUUUGUUAUGACAUAAAUGGUACUGCUGAUCAUUGUAUGAUAACAAAUGCUGUUAAAUGUAAAAGAUGGUCUUCAAUAAAAAUAUCACAAAGCUUUUUCCAAGGGAAUUAUAUUUACUCAACUGAACUAAACGGUGAAAUAAUAUUUACUGAGAUUAAUUCUGAUGCAAGAGAAUUUUCAAAUGUUAAAGUUUACAUUUCAAAUUCUUGGAACGAUGUGCAACAAGGUUUUAUUCGAAAUUUAAAAAUAAUAAAUGGAAAUCCAGCAUUAUGGUCCCAAUGCAGCAAUUGGUCUAGUUGCAACGCUCUAUUAGGAAUUAAGAACUUAACAUAUGGCUACAACACUAUAAGUUCUAAAAAAGUUUGUUAUGGGCUUAACUCUGAAAUAUUGGAAGGUUUUGCUUAUUGCUCACAAUGGAGCAUUUGGACCAGUUGUAAUGCUACAUAUGGGUUUAUGAACAGAACAAGAGAUUGCAAUAAUUCAAAUACACUUGAUGGUUGUGAUGGUAACCACUCUGAAAUAAAAGAAUGUUACGUUUUUUGGUCCCAAUGGAGCAACUGGACAAGUUGCAAUGCUUCUCAUGGGUUUACAAACAGGACAAGAGAAUGUAUCUCUUCUACAGUUACUGAUGAGUGUAAAGGAAAUAAUUUUGAAGUAAAGGAAUGCUUUGCUUUUUGGUCGCAAUGGAGCAAUUGGACCAGUUGUAAUGUUACACAUGGAUUUGUAAAUAGAACAAGAGAGUGCAAUUGUUCAAGUUCUAUUUAUGAUUGUUAUGGUAACAGCUCUGAAGUAAAGGAAUGUUUUGCUUUUUGGUCCCAAUGGAGCAACUGGACAAGUUGUAAUGCUUCUCAUGGGUUUACAAACAAGACAAGAGAAUGUAACUCUUCUAAUGUUAUUGAUGAGUGUAAGGGAAAUAAAUUUGAAGUAAAGGAAUGCUUUGCUUUUUGGUCACAGUGGAGCAAUUGGACCAGUUGUAAUGUUACACAUGGAUUUGUAAAUAGAACAAGAGAGUGCAAUAGUUCAAUUUCUAUUUAUGAUUGUUAUGGUAACAGGUCUGAAGUUAAGGAAUGCUUUGUUUUUUGGUCACAAUGGAGCAAUUGGACCAGUUGUAAUGUUACACAUGGAUUUAUAAAUAGAACAAGAGAGUGCAAUAGUUCAAGUUCUGUUUAUAAUUGUUAUGGUAACAGCUCUGAAGUAAAGGAAUGUUUUGUUUUAUGGGGAAAAUGGAGUAGUUGGACUGGAUGUAACGAGUUUAAUAGGUUUAUGAACAGAUCAAGGGAGUGUAAAGUUUUAAAUACUGAGGAGAUAUGUUUUGGAAGUAAUUCAGAAGUAAUGGAAUGUCCAGCUUAUUGGUCAAAAUGGAGUGAUUGGACAGUUUGCAAUGCUUCUCAUGGAUUUAUAAACAGGACAAGGGAAUGUAAAAUUUCUAAUGCAAGAGAUUUGUGUUAUGUUAAUAACUCUGAUGUUAUAGAAUGUUUUGCUAUUUGGGCACAGUGGAGCAAUUUGAUUAGUUGUAAUUUUUCUCAUGAAUUUGUGAACAAGUCACAUGAUUGCAAGAUUUUGAAUGUUUUAAAUUGGUGUCAUGGUAACAAUGCAGAAGUCAUGGAAUGGUUUGAAAAAUGGACAACUUGGAGUGAGUGUUCUGUAACAUGUGGAGUGGGCAAUAGAAGUAAAUAUUCACAACAUGAAACAAUAAAAAUAAUAAACUUAGAAAGUUGUAAUCAAAUCAACUGUCCAGAGGAUGGAAUGUGGGGGGAGUGGAACAAAUCAGAAUGUUCGAAUACAUGUGGCAAAGGAAUAAAAUUUUUAAGUAGAAUUUGUAAUAAUCCACGCCCAUCAUAUAAUGGUCAAGAUUGUAUAGGUGUCAGCAAUUAUACUGAAGUUUGCGAUAAUAAUAUAAUUUGUCCAUUAAAUGGUAAUUGGUCAUUGUGGUCAUCUUGGUCAUUAUGCAGCCAACCAUGUGGAGGUGGUUUACAUUCAAGAUUUCGAAGCUGCUCAAACCCUGUGCCGAAAUUUGGUGGUCAGAAUUGCAAUGGAAGCGUUGAGGAAUUUACAAACUGUACAACGCAUAAUUGCAAAAGUGCCAAAUUAAAUUUGAAAGUAAAUUUCAUUGAUAAAAUGUAUGACGACUGGUAUUCCAUAUUAACAAGUUCAGGGUCACUUGAAAAAAAAAUUCAAGAUGCGAUAGCAAAACUUUACUCUAAUCGUAAAGUAAACUUCAAUGUUGUUAUACAUUCUAUAGAUAACGAUCCUUGAGUGUUUCAAGCGACGUUUUUUGUCUAUUAAAAUCUGCGGAGAAGAACAAAGCGCUAGGAGCUAUCAAAGCAAAGAAACGGUGAAGAGACUAUAUUAGAGAUAGGUUACAUAAAAAGUAAAUAAAUCUAACAAGAUUUUAA